ACAGCUUCUUUCACCUCCUGUUGACAUCUCUCCAUCAGUUGUUGGCGGCUAACCUCCAUCUUCUCCACCAUGGCAUCCUGCUGUCUCCCAUCUUGCACCAUCCCAUGUCGACCUGUAAUUCCAAUAAGGAGUAGCCCACCCCCCAGCCCAUCUUGUGCCUAUCCAUGUGGACCUCUUGCACCCCUAUGUGUCCAACCUAGAAGCGGCCAGUCUUCUUCUGUUCCAACCUGUGCCAUUCCGUGUGGGCCCAUCUAUCCAGUGAGCAGCAGCCAGUCUUCUUCUGGUCCAACCUGUGCCAUUCCGUGUGGGCCCAUCUAUCCAGUGAGCAGUGGCCAGUCUUCUUCUGGUCCAACCUAUGCCAUUCCAUGUGGGCCCAUCUAUCCAGUGAGCAGCGGCCAGUCUUCUUCUGGUCCAACCUGUGCCAUUCCGUGUGGGCCCAUCUAUCCAGUGAGCAGCGGCCAGUCUUCUUCUGGUCCAACCUAUGCCAUUCCGUGUGGGCCCAUCUAUCCAGUGAGCAGCAGCCAGUCUUCUUCUGGUCCAACCUAUGCCAUUCCGUGUGGGCCCAUCUAUCCAGUGAGCAGCGGCCAGUCUUCUUCUGGUCCAACCUGUGCCAUUCCAUGUGGGCCCAUCUAUCCGGUGAGCAGUGGCCAGUCUUCCUCCUCUCCAGUGAGCAGUGGCCAGCCUCGCUAUAUCCCAAUUCGUAUCGAGCCCUGCACUCCUUGUCGUCUCCCUUGCUAAACCACCAAGGAAAAACUCCCCUCGUACACAAUCGCAUUGAUAAUUUAAAGUGAUGGUACGGAUUCAUGGCUAAGCUGAUGGGGACUGUGUUCCCAAAGUGCGGAGAGUUCACUGUUCUAACUGAGGCUCUGUGGUUUCUGCGGCUGCACAGCAUCUUGGCGCUCAGUCCCUGCUUUAAUGUCCCUUGACCCUGUCGCUUCAAAACGAUCCCUUUUGCUAGCUUUCAACAUCACUGUUUAAGCAUGGAGACAUCAUUCUCAAUUUAACCUGUGGCGGUUGCCAUAGUCUAUGUUCCCCAAUGCUAGUCAUAGAUUCGAUUCACUGCUGUUAAUUCCUCUUCAUCAUUUUUGGUAUGGUGUCUUUGUGUUCUCAAUCUGUUCGAUCUUAAUAAAGUCUGCUCUGGUGCAAAGAAA